AUGGCUAUGACGAUGGGGGAUCCAACAGGAACUGCCAAGUCCGAUUCACGACGGCAGAUCCAGAUUGACAGCUUUCCAAGGCUAUCUGAGUUUGGUCUGAUUGGCACUUGGUGGGCGAAUGGUGAUAGGAUGCCCUUUUCACCGCCGAGUGCCCUCCCAUUCAUCCACCGAAUCUUUUCCGUCAAAUCCCAGGCUGCCGAUAUGGAGCAAGCCCUAUCUGAGCACUCUUCCAAAUGCUGA